CAUCAGCGUUUAACUCAUCACGAUUCAAAGAUGAUUCCGUUCAGAUUGGUGACUCUGGCUGCACUGCUCAUCUCCAUUCAAAGAACUGAUGGAGGGAAAGUCCUUGUUGUCCCUGUGGAUGGAAGCCACUGGGUCAACAUGAAGGUCCUCACCCAGGAGCUCCAUUCCAGGGGUCACAACAUCACUGUGAUCCGGCCCAAAAAGAGCAUGUACACAGGAGAAGAGUCCAAUCACUACCACUUAAUCAACCUGGAUGUUGUCCCUACAUCUGACACUGAGGGGUUAAAUCAAUUUGCAGAAAGAAUGCUGCAGCUCCGGUAUGAGGCCCACACUUCAAUUUCAGCAUUGUUAGAAAAUGCAGCAGAGUUUAUGUCAAUGAUGCAUGAUGCCCACAAAACUGUGGCGGAUACAAUGCAAGAGAUAUUUGAGGAUGAAAAACAGAUGCAGUCCUUCCGAGAAGCCAAGUAUGAUGUCGUUCUGACAGACCCCUGCUUUGGCGGAGGGAUUCUUCUGGCCCAUCAGUUGGGUCUGCCUCUUGUCUUCAAUGUACGGUGGACGAUAAUUGAAGAUGGACAUAACACAAUUGCCCCCUCCCCUUUUUCAUAUGUUCCCAUACCGGGUACCCAACUGACUGACAAGAUGACUUUCUGGCAAAGAGGGAAAAAUGUUUUCUUUGGCUUAAUGACGCUUCAAAACCAGAUGGCACUUAAACAGCAUUACACGCCUGUUGUCCAGAGAUACUUUGGUCCUGAUGUGCACUAUGAUGAUCUGGUUCAGGCAGCAGACAUAUGGUUGAUGAGAAAUGACUUUACCUUUGAGUUCCCUCGUCCCACAAUGCCCAAUGUAGUCUACAUGGGUGGGUUUCAGUGUAAACCCUCCAAGCCGCUUCCUAAAGAUCUGGAGGACUUUGUCCAGAGCUCUGCAGAGCAUGGGGUCAUUAUUAUGAGCUUGGGGACCUUGGUGGGGACUCUUCCAGAAGAGAUCGCCGACCAUGUUGCUGCUGCUUUUGCCGAGUUACCUCAGAAGGUCCUCUGGAGGCAUACUGGGAAGAGACCAUCCACCCUGGGUAACAACACCUUGCUGCUGGACUGGCUGCCUCAAAAUGACCUCUUAGGACACCCAAAGAUUAGAGUGUUUGUGGCCCACGGAGGCACCAAUGGACUCCAAGAGGCCAUCUACCAUGGAGUCCCCAUUGUGGGCCUUCCUCUGAUGUUUGACCAGGAUGAUAACCUCUUCAGGAUGAGAGUGAGGGGUGUUGCCAAAGUGCUGGACUUAAGCACGUUAAACAAAGACAUAUUCCUGGAUACGUUGAAGGCGGUGCUUCAUGAGCCGACCUACAGGGAGAACAUGCAGGAGCUCUCCAGACUGCACAGAGACCAGCCCAUAAAGCCUCUGGACCGGGCUAUGUUCUGGAUCGAGUUUGUCAUGAGACACAAGGGAGCGGCUCACUUAAAGACCAAGUCCUACAAGUUGUCCUGGAUUCAGUACCACUCCAUUGAUGUCAUUGCUCUGUUGUUGUUUGUGGUCAUGAUGAUGGCUCUGAUUUGUUUUGUUGUAGUGAAAUACUUGCUGUCUAAAGUGUUUGGUGGAAGGAGAAGAAAAACAGACUAAUACUUGAGUCCCCUUUCGACUGCUUCUGUUAUGUAUUCGACUGUCGAGUCAGGUAUGUCGUCGACACCAGCACAAAAUAAAGAAUGAGUUAAGUAGAGAAGGAUAAAUGAAAAGGAAGAUGCUAAAAUAUAUUUCAUGUAAGUGCCUCUAUGAGUCUUGUCAGUGUGAGUUUUGAUGAGGGUGAUGCAGUGCCACAAAAUAAAU